AUGACGGGACCCAAGACUAGACCGUUGCCAACGGUGGGUAAGCAAGCUUGUGAUCGGUUGUUGAGUCGGUUGAUUCGAAAUCUUCGCCGUUUAACCGAGCUAUGCGAUAAGGUGGAGUCAGCACUUGCCAAGAAACUUGCACUUGAAGAUGCCAAGAAGGUCGAAAUCCAUUUGAAAUUAACCCGUUUGCUUUCGGAGGGCCAAUACUCAAUUAAAACCUUGGGUAAGCUUCAACAGUCCCCAAACUGGAUUUCUGAUGUAGAGGGACACCUGAAUACGAUGAUGCAUGUGCAGGAAGCCACGGACAAUAUUCGUCUUAUUCAAGAGCCACUCCGCCAACUCCGUGAGUUGUCACUGGCGGAUAUUGACACGUCUACACCUCAGGACUUGGACCAGGCGACCGUGGAUGAGGACUUUUCUGAGACUCAGGCCGGACCAACAGUGCAACAACGUUGGGCUCCUCAAUACCCAACGCAGGCAGGGUCGACAUCCAUCGCCAGUUACUUGACAAAGGGGCUAACAACACGAGGCAAAUUAGCCCGAGAGCGGUCGUUGCAGAACGCUCAACAACGAGCACAAACGAUUCCGACCCCUGAGGAGAUGCCGGCUAAUGGUCCGGAUUGGUAUCAGGCAUCGAACGAUAAUGUCCAUGCUUCUCGCAGAGCGCGAUUGUUGACAAACGCUCGAAAUCGGGCACAAACAAUUCCGUCCUCUGAUGAGAUGCCGCCAAAUGGUCCGGAUUGGUAUCAGGCAUCGAACGAUAAUGUCCAUGCUUCUCGCAGAGCGCGAUUGUUGACAAACGCUCGAAAUCGGGCACAAACAAUUCCGACCUCUGAUGAGAUGCCGCCAAAUGGUCCGGAUUGGUAUCAGGCCUCGAAAACUUUGGUGAAUUGUUUUUUGGAACCUGCGGAUUUACACUUGGACAUGGACACUCCUCGGAAUUUAUCGUCGUCGGCAAAGCGCUCCUUUGAUGCCUUCCGCAGAGUAAGGAAGUCCCCGCAGCAACAGAUGAACCAGAGUCAUGUGGUAACGAGCUUAUUUCGGGAUAGGUUGCAACGUCACCGUAAACCACGUUCACCAGAGGAGUUACAGGAGAAUUUUCAGGAUGCGGCGAAUGUCCCUAUUGAUACGAUUGCAUACCGCAAGAACCUUCCUGUUCAUCACAACCGCUACUUGAAAGACUCACAGGCAGUGAAACGUCAUAAAGGAUCGGAACCUACGGAGCCUAGCAUUACUGCAUCGACAGCGGCCGAGAUGAUAAUGUAA